AAUCUACCAACCAGCUGAGUCCUGUGAACAGCAAGGGCGAUUGAUACACCGAUUCCUACGUAGCAUUGGACGUGGGUCAUACAAUGAACGCAAUUGUUGUAUCGAUUCGUCGAGCAGAUAUUGCUGACAAGACGGAGCUUACGCUACUAUUCUCUGGUAGGGGCAGGCUCUUGUGCGCAUCACAAUAUGCCGUGCCACAUGCCGUGCCACAUGCCACUCUCUGGACGUGCUCACUGAAGAAUCUUUCACACAGUAAUAUCUGUCAGCCAACGCGAUCUACUCUCCAAUAAUGGAUACGUGAAUUUCAUUUUGGCAACUUGGGUCACUGGUUGAAUUGGGAAGGGCCCAGGACAGAAUGCAACGAUCGAGUAUUCAUGCCAGCCGUUUUAUAGAAGAAAUUUCACCGACAACCACCGGAUGUUUCGCAAUGAAUUUAGAGCUCAUCGAUGUUCUUUUGGUAAUGGAAGAGCAGAACCUCUGUGGUGAUGGAAUAAGAUUUAGAAGUCCGGCACAGUGGCCCCAGACGCAGCCGGGUGCUGAAUACGGACACUUGUGAUCAGGUAUCACCGGGGUAUACAAAAAUAAGCAUUGCGGAUGUUUAUAUUCCGCUUAUAUAUGUGACACGCGACAUAUUGCUCGAGCUUUCACGCCCACUAACUCAGCUCGUACUCAACAUGGCGAUAGGUCUGGAUACGUCGUCGUUAAUGGCUCUCGUGUUAGAGUCCAUUUUGUUUGGGUUGCUCACUGCGCUGUUCGCUGCAACUAUUUACAUCCUGGUUUUUCGAAGGAGAGCUUCUGGGAUGAUGAAUAAGCCAGUUCUAGCCGUGGCAGUAUUGAUGUAUUGUGUCGCAUUUGUGCAUGUGGCAAUCAAUACGCGUCGGGCUGUCAUAGCGUUUAUUCUCUUGUCUGGAGGACGUGAGGCAGCAGAUAGUUAUUUUGCCGCUUCGGAUGAUCCUAUGUAUCUUGCGAAAGUUAGUAUGAACAUGGUCCAAACGCUUAUCGGUGACUCUUUCCUUAUCUAUCGAAUGUAUAUGGUUUGGGGACGAGACAUUCGACUUCUAAUACCCGCUGUAGCAUGUGUUCUAGGAUGUUUAGCAGCAUCGAUAAUUACUCUCAUUAACGCAGCGCAGGCUCCUGCGACUACCUUGAUUUUUGUUCCUGAGCUAGGAGCUUCCAUAGUUGCAUUUUUCGCUCUUACACUAUUUACAAACCUUGCAUGUACAACCCUCAUAGCUGCCAAAAUCUGGUGGACCGGCCGUCAGUUGGGCCGCUAUACUCGAGGUCGAAAUCUCUCCCCUGUCCUAGCUAUCGUCGUCGAAUCUGGCAGCAUAUACUCAGCUGCUCUUAUCUCGUUAAUAGCAGCGUUUCUGAGUAGGUCGUGGGGUCAUUACAUUAUCCUGGAUAUGGUAGUGCAGAUUAUUGCAAUAACGUUCUCAUUGAUUAUCGUUCGAAUCGGACUGGGAAUUUCUGCUUCAAAUCCUUCGCAGAAAUUCCAUAGCUCCUCACAGGUUCGCAGUGGUGGACCGGGAUCAAGACGUGUACCAAAUCCCAUACCGAUGCAGCCACUUGUCGUCCAUCUCGCGACUACAAGGACUGUGAAUGACGACAAUGGACGAGCUGUUUCCGAUGGAACAGCCGGCGAUGAUGAUUCACUUGGGAUCACUGGCAGGCGUUCGGACGUCAAGCAGGCAGAAGGUGAUUCGUUCGUAGAUGUGUAAAACUACAUUAUCGCAUGGUUUCUUGCUUUACAUCAUGUUUCGGUGCCUGUCUGUAUUUUGUUGGACUGUGUUUAUAAUUUUGUACCGGAUGGCUUUGUAGUUUUCACCUGUAUUGCGACUUCACAUCGCUAAAGAACCAUGAUCCUGUUCACUUCCGC